CCAAAUGUCAAACACAUUUUAUCAUUUUCUUUUUGUUGAUUAACAAGCUUUUAGUUUGUGGAUUGUGAUUUUAUUAAAUAAAUCGUAAUGAUGGCAGAGGACACGACGGCAGAUGCCACUAGGCGAUUAAAUGUUAAAAAACAGACAUUAGAUGAUGCGUAUGCUGCGCCGGCGAAUUUUCUUGAGAUCGACGUGGUAAACCCAGUAACGACCAUGGGUGUUGGAAAAAAACGUUAUACGGAUUACGAAGUACGCAUGAGGACGAACCUUCCUGUGUUCAAAGUGAAAGAAUCCAGUGUUAGGCGGCGAUACAGUGACUUUGAAUGGUUAAGAAAUGAACUUGAAAGGGAUAGUAAGAUUGUAGUUCCACCUCUACCUGGCAAAGCAUUAAAGAGACAACUGCCAUUCCGGAGUGAUGAUGGUAUUUUUGAAGAUGAAUUUAUUGAAGACCGUAGAAAAGGUCUCGAAGGCUUUAUAAAUAAAAUAGCCGGCCACCCCCUGGCACAGAAUGAGCGUUGUCUUCACAUGUUUUUACAAGAGGCUACAAUCGAUCGCAACUAUGUACCAGGCAAAAUUCGUAACACAUAACCAAUGAAAUUAUUACUACUGUAAAACAAUUCUCCUCUUAUAGCAAAUGCCACCAACUUCCAAAGUAAAGUAACCAAUGCCAUGUAUUCUAACAUUUGUGGUUGAAUUCAUGAAAAAUAAAUUUAUCUAAGAACCCAAUACAAGGGUCUGGGUUCUGCAAUGAGUUAAUUUAAUAACAAUAUUGAAUAAUGGUACACUAUUUAACACAUUCAUUCUAAAUAGUUCAGAUUAAACUAAAUUAUUUAUUGAUAAGUAAGGUCUUGUAAGAUCAUUUCUAAAUCAUUUGAUAAACUACUUAAUUUAUUUAACUAGAAGAAACCAAACUAUUUCAACUUGUCUACUAAAAGAGAAAUGUAGAUAAUAUUUUGAGGCCUUAACUAUCGACCUCUAAGAAUAAUAUUUAUUUGGUGUGAGAGUCAGUGUGUGGCUAUAGAGUAAUUUUGUAUAGAUACUAAUAUAAAAUUAGGGUUUUUUUUUAACAAUUUGCAGGUUAGGUAAUUUUAAAUAUUUAAAUUUAAAUAAAUAAUUUCUCAAUUAAGUGCUGAAAAUUGUUUAUACUCUAAAUCUAGGAGAAUUGUUUUACAAGUAACCGUCCUAAUCCAGGGUUGCCAAAAAUCACAUCUUUUAUUACCAUAUAAGAGAAAUGACCAUAAAGCUUGGUAAUAUUUAUAACCAGUAUCCAGAAAUUACUUGUAUGGCAACCCUAUAGUAUGCAAGCAGGAAAUGCAUAAUAUCAUUGUAAUACAAUAUUGUAACUUAUUUCAUUCCACAUUUAUUCGCCACAUAUUUAGCUGUUAAAUCAUGUUAAUUUACAUUUAAAGCUAUGUAGGCAUGGUUAUAAUCAGAUCAAGAUUUAUACAUUAAAGGUGAAGUUCACUUACACCAAAUGCCAAAAUCACUAAAAACUAUUUAUAAAAUAACUAUGAUCUUUUUGCAAAUAUUCACAAUUGGAUAACAAAGCAUUGUAUUAGGUAGCGUUUGCUCCUUGUCUAUGGACUUAAUCCUUAGUGUAUACAAUUGUAAUUAUAAAACAAAUACUAUGUCUACUUACGCUUAAAGAGGGACUGAUGCUUGAAUAGUCUUUGAUUUUUGUCGUAUAUUAGUUUUGUUAGCCAAGUUUGUAUCUUGUCCCAAGCGAUGAACUAUGUAGUUGAAAAGGUCUCUUAAAAGUGUAUUUUAGAACAAAAAUUAUAUUAAGAUAAGUGUCGUUAAGCAAUAUGGUAUUGUUAAUAUUGUUGUAAAUGUGAGCCAGUGAAUCGCCACUACAUAAACAAAAACAAUUUUAUUUGCAUAAUUAUCAUAUUUAAAAAUAAUAUAUAAGUCUAAGCUUUAGGUUUCUAUACAUUAAAGAUUGAAAAUAUUAAGUUUAUUUUCUGUAUGUAUAUGGCUUUAGGGUUGCCAAGUUUAUUUAACUUUAUUUUAUUAUAUAUGUUUUUAUUUAUUAAAAUACAAUCAAAUUAUGAAUUUUGGCUAAAGCUAACUCAUGAAAAUUCUUUAAACUUAUUUAAGACAAACUAAAGGUUACAUAUUAAAACUUUAAAAAAUAUUUUAAUCAUUUGUAUGAUGUAAUAGUUCAAGUAGAUAUAUUGAUGUAGAAACUUGAAGCUAGGAACAUAUAUUUUUUACUUUUGCUUACUACACACAUUUUAUUAUUAGCUUACAUGAUAAAUGCAGAGUAUAAAGAUUAAUAGUGGCGUAACAAUGAAUUAUGUAUUGUUUUAAAUUAAUUAAUUCCGUUUUUUUUGGUUUAAACAAAUGUUAUAUACAAAUAGCUUUACACGGAAUGAAUUUAGGUAACACUUAUUCCUAUUAAGUUUAUAAAUCUCAUUGUUUUAUUGUCAUCAUGUUCGAAAAUUAUAUUUAUUAAAUCUGUUCUUGGCGAAAUGUUAACUUGCUCCAUAAUAAAAGACAAUGACAAUGUUUCACUUAAGGUAUAUAAAAAGUGAUAAUGAGGGUAGUUGUAAAAAUCGAUUUAAAAAAUGUUGUCGCCAUGAACAGACGGAUUGUUUGUUUAGAUUAAUUAGUUCGGUUCACUUGCGUGAUGCUGAAAUGACUUAUUUUGUAAUAUAUGCAAUUUACUAGAUUCUGAAUUAUAUAACCAAUCAAAAAAUUUAUCACCAAAUAAUUGUUGAUUGGUUGUACAGAUGCACUCAUUAUAAUCAUUAGACACAGAAAGUAUGUUAUUUACACCAGAUGACAUUUGGUUUUGUAAAUCAUUAGGUUAGGAUUAUAAAAUAAAUUUGCUAUGGUGUCAAAA